AUGGUCGACACAGCCUCAGCGCACUCCAACGGGUACUCCGAAGAGUCCUCCAUCCAAAAAGUCCAAGUCGCUAGUGAUUCCAGAGACUAUGUCAUUUUUGGAAACCUCAAGAUCUACCGACACGAGUUGCAAGCAGCAUUGAUGGACUCAAUUGUUGUGCAGCAGCCAUACACUCCUUCAGCACGCAGCAAGUUCGCCAACCCUGGUCCAUUGGGAUUGUGUGCUUUCGGGAUUUCAACACUUGUCUUGUGUCUCAUUAAUGCCGGCGCCUACGGAAUGAGGAUCCCCAAUGCAGCUGUCGGAUUGGCCUGCUUCUUUGGUGGUGCCAUCCAGUUGUUUGCCGGUGUGUGGGAGUUCUUUGUUGGCAACACUUUUGGUUUCACCGCUUUGACUUCAUACGGCGCAUUCUGGCUUGCCUGGGCAGCCAUUCAGAUUCCCUCGUUUGGUAUCAAGGCUGCUUACACCGGCGAACUGGAACAAUAUGCCACUGCAGCUGGGUUCUUCUUAACAGGCUGGGCCAUCUUCACUUUCAUGCUCACAUUGUUGACCUUCAAAUCCUCGGUGGCAUUCUGCGCCUUGUUUUCAUGCUUGACAAUCACCUUUAUCUUCUUGGCUGCAGGCGACUUUACCGGAAUUUUCACCGUGACUAGAGUUGGUGGAAUCUUUGGUGUCAUCACCGCCGUGUUGGCAUUCUACAACGCUUUUGCAGCCACUGCUACCAAACAGAAUUCAUACAUCCGUGCAAAUGUCAUACCCUUAUCCAAGUAA